GCAGAGAUAGGUUUUAAUCUGUGACGGCAAUGGAAAGAGCAGCGGAGCUGAGGGUGGCUUUGGUGGUGAUGGUGGUGGUAGUUUUAGGAGGAGGAGGAGGAGGAGGAGUGGUAGUAGUAGAAGGGCAGAGCUGGUGCGUGGCGAUAAGCAACACAAACAAUCAGGCGUUGCAGACGGCGUUGGACUAUGCAUGUGGUUCAGGUGCGGACUGUACAGCCAUCCAAGCAAACGGGGUGUGCUACCAACCUAACACGGUGCAAUCCCACGCCUCUUACGCCUUCAAUAGCUACUACCAGCACAUGGGACAGGCCAUUGGCUCCUGCAUCUUCGCUGGCACUGCCACUAUUUCUACCUCCGAUCCCAGUUAUGGAUCUUGUGUUUACCCAUCCUCCCCAAGUGUGGCUGGAGGAAAUACAUCGACCACCACACCGACAUCGACGACACCCAGCACAACUACGACGCCAUCGUCGACUACACCUAUCUACGGUUUAGGUCCAACCUCAUCCUUCAACACUAACAGAGCUGCUUUCCGGCCUUCAACUACUAUUGUCUUGCCUUCCUUUUUAUUACUACUUCUUUCACUUCUUGUUUCACCCAUGUAGUCAAUGUUCAAAUUAAACCAUUUUAUAUUAAUUUUUCUUUUGUAGAAGAAAGGGCUUCAUUUUUGUUCCAUGUUCGGGCCCCGUUUGCUAGUGACAUCUUAUUCCUUAUCUUGUCACUAAUAAUUUAUACCUGUUUUUUCUUUCCUCCU